AUGGCUCACAUAUCGCACAUUUCCGACAGAUUUAUACAAAGUGAAGCCAUAGACAUACGCCAACACGUGGGCGCGUUCGCCAUGGAUGUGAUCUCCAGGUGCGGGUACGGCAUAGACGUGGAGUCCAUCAAAAACCCUAACCAUCCGGUGGUACUCAACGCCCGCAAGAUAUUGAGUGUCGACUUAGGCCUGGCAUUCAUCGUAUCGUUUUUGUUCCCCGGGUUGGCCCGACUACUGGGUGUCGAGCCUUUUGAUAUGAGCGCCUGUAGUUAUUUCGACGACUUGACCAAAAAGAUUAUCGAUGAACGCAAACUACAUAAUAAACAGUCGACUAGUGAUAAA